AUGGAAAAAUAUGAGAUCCUUGGACUUGUGGGAGAAGGAAGUUAUGGAAUGGUGAUGAAAUGCAGAAACAAGGAGAAUGGCAGAGUUGUUGCCAUCAAAAAAUUUUUGGAAAGUGAAGAUGAUAAAAUGGUUAAAAAAAUUGCCCUGAGAGAAAUAAAAUUUCUCAAGCAAUUAAGGCAUGAGAACUUGGUGAACUUGCUGGAAGUCUGUAAGAAGAAAAAACGAUGGUAUCUGGUGUUUGAAUUUGUAGAUCACACAAUCCUUGAUGAUCUUGAGAUGUUUCCCAAUGGCUUGGAUUAUAAUAGAGUUCGAAAAUACUUAUUUCAAAUUAUAAAAGGGGUAGGAUUUUGUCAUAGUCAUAAUAUCAUACACAGGGAUAUUAAACCUGAAAACAUAUUGGUCUCCUGUUCGGGAAUUAUCAAACUCUGUGAUUUUGGAUUUGCUCGAACGCUGGCAGCUCCUGGUGAAGUUUAUACAGAUUAUGUAGCAACACGUUGGUAUCGAGCUCCUGAGCUGUUAGUUGGUGAUAUCAAAUAUGGCAAGGCUGUUGAUGUGUGGGCCAUUGGCUGCCUGGUAACUGAAAUGCUUACAGGAGAGCCCCUUUUCCCUGGAGACUCUGAUAUUGACCAAUUAUUCCAUAUUAUGAAAAGUCUAGGUAACUUAAUUCCAAAGCACCAGGAGUUAUUCUACAAAAAUCCUCUCUUUGCUGGAGUGAGAUUGCCUGAAAUCAAAGAGUUAGAACCUCUUGAAAAACGAUACUCAAAGCUCUCCAUUGCAGUCAUAGAAUUUGCAAAGCAAUGCCUGCAAACUAAUCCAGAAAAGAGGCCAUCUUGUAAUGAACUGCUGCAAUGCAACCUCUUCACCAGAGAUGGGUUUGCUGAAAGAUUUGUUCAAGAACUUAAAGUCAAGAUUCAAAAAGAAAAAGAACAUUCUGUACCCAAGAAACCAAAAAUAAAUAAAAAGGACAAAGAUGAUAUAGGUGAUGAAAGAAAAAUGCUUUUAAUCCAGGAUCUAGGUGUUAAUUCAAAGCUCAAAAACUCCAAGCUAUUCAGAAUGAAAGUAUCUAAGGCUGACAUACUGAAAUCUGAAAGAUCAUCAUGUAUGAGUUUCCUGUAUGAUAACAGUGUUGGACAAUUUAAUACAAUUCCAAUAUAUCUAAAGGAUUCAAGCAGUAGCCUAGAAUAUGUGAAGAAUCCAAGCAUAGUAAUUCCUCCCAUUGCACAGAAUCAUUCCACCACACAAUCCAGCAUCGAUGGGACCCCCACAAUGGGGACAACAUUGGCAAGCCAUAAUUACAGAAUUGAUGAGAAAACCAAAACUUAUUUGAAUCCUUGUAUCAAGCAAGGGAAAAAAUCACCAGCAGGUCACUAUAAUAUGAACUUAACAGCAUCGAUGCCAAAAGAAAACAAUGCUCUUCAGUCCCUCAAGAAAAAGUGGGAGUUUUCUAAAGCAGAGGUCCAUUUGCCAGAGCUUAAUUACAGCCAUCUCCCUGAACUCAAAGCCGUGGAUGUUUGGAAUUCCAGAUUUCUAAAGAAAGAAAACAAAAUUGUUCCAGAGUCUCGCAUGCCAUCUCUUGCCACAAUAGAUCUUCAGAAUCCAAAUCUGGCUCUGUAUCAGAUAUCUGGAAGCUCCUUGCAAGAUACCUCAGAAGCCACCUUCCCCAAGGUGGAGCUUUAGUAACAAGCGGAAUUGGAACUCUUACGUGAUUCCCAUUGAUCACACAUCUACAUAACUUUUACACCCUUAUGGAGGUACUUUGAAAUUGGGGAGGGAGAGGCAGUUGAUAAUAUUUUGCUGUAGCUAAGAUAAUGGCAAUAAAAGGCAAAAAUGAUUUUAUGUUAAUUAGCACUAUGAUACUAAGGCUGCUAUUUCUUUUAUAAUGUGUUGUGCAUGAAGAAAAUAAUCUACAAUUAAUCAUUUCAGUGAUCUUGCAUACAUCUAACAAUUGAAGAUAACAAUUAAACAGAUUUAACCAUUUAAAGGAAAUUCUCCAUUUCCUCAAUGCUGAUUCACAUUUUCUAUAGAAAAGCUGUCCAUCAUUAUACAGUAAGUCAGGCUUUUAAAGAAUCUAUCUUACUGACUGUUCACAUAUUAUGAUAAAUGGCAAACAGACGUAGGUAUCCAUGGGGCCAAAACAGAACCAGUGAUGAAACAUAUAUCAAAAUAUUGCAACACAAACUUCAGCCCUUACAUACUUUCAUUCACCAUUGCAAGAUAAAUAUGAAAAGGCAGAGAUCUCAACACAUAUUUCAUAAUUUUGGCAUCUUCAUUGCUAUUCGUACAUGCCUGUGAAAUUGUGUAUGACUUAGCACUAAGUAUGAAUUCAAGCAUGUAAGAAAUUUAGACAGAGAAGGCAGAUUUUACAAAAUUGUCUUACUCUAAUAGGUACAUUUUUUUCCUUUUUAUUUCAAACUCCUUGCUAUGCAAGUUGCAAAUUGAAUUGAAGUCAUAAAGAAACCAGGGGAAGACCAUUGACUUUGAUAUCUUAUUCUUUAACUUUCUUUUGAGUAUCAAAUUCAGUCCUGUGAAAACCAGAAUUUUGGGCUUAAAAGCCUUAACUCUGAUAUAGCAGGGAGAGGGAGGUGGUGGUAUAGAAGUGCAAAAUGUAAGUAAAUCUUUUAUAAACUCCUAAAGCAAAACAAAAUUAGUAUACUUUUCAUUGACAUAAAUCUGUGAAUUCAUAUCAGUGAAACUAUAGGUUGAUUCUGACAAUCAGGUGUGUCAAACUCAAGGCCCAUGGGCAGGAUCCAGAACACGCUUAGAUCUGGCCCACAGGGAACUUGGAGGACUGGGCCACGGUGCCUCUGCCAACGAAAAUGGAGUUUGAAAGGGCUGCAUCUGGCCGCAUCCGUUUCAUUGGCAGAGGGUUGCAGGAGGCUGUUGCAAUCGAAAAUGGAGCUCGAGAGCCUGUUUUUGCUGGCA